AUCAUCAGCCUCCCCGGUCGGUCCAUACACAGUAUACUAUACUCUACACAGUACCCCGUACCCUACCUAUUUCCUCUCCCCCUCCCCCUCCCCCUCCCCAGAUGGACCUCGAUGGACCUGGACCUGGAUCCGUGGACUUGAAUUGGACGGACCUGCAUCCAACUACUGCCAAUGGCCGCCUCUCCUUGACCACACCUACUCCUACACCCUACACCUACACCUGCACCUAACACUUCCGUCCAUCUCCAUUCCCUUUUCCUCCCCUCCUCCCUCUUCCCUCCUCCCCUCGUACGACGCCGUCGUUCGUUGGGUGAGGGUCGCUAUUUACCUACACAAACAAAACCUGCACCAUGGCCGCCGCACCACCACCUCACUCGUCGGCCGACUCCGACUGGGAGCGCCGAAAUGCCUCCCUCGAUGCCGCCGUCGCCGUGCUGCACUACGCCUAUCCCAUCCUUAUGCUCUUCUUCUUCCUCGCCGCUUUUACUGCCCGCAGCAUCAUCGUCUCCAACGCAACCUCAAAGGUCGCGAAGCCCACCACCACCGGUCCUGGCGGCAAACCUCUGCCCGCCACCGAUCCCACCCGUAACUUUGUCAAGAAACACGUCGCCGACGAUGUCACCCCCUCCCAGAAGCGCCUCUUCCAGUGCCUGUCCCUCGCCGUCGCCCUCACCUUCGUCGCAAACUCCAUCAACGUCAUUGUGCACGCUCUCUACGCCCGCAAGGACAACUGGUGGUGCGGCAAACACGUCGUCAUUUACCUCGUAGGCGCCUUCUUCGUCUACUGCCUCUACCUCAUCACCCUCUUCGACUCGAAGCCGAGCCCCACCAUCGCCCACCUCUCCACAUGGGCCCUAGCUACCGUGCUGGAGCUUGUCCUCCUGGCCUGCUCCAUCGCCAUCUACACGCAUCCGCACAGGGAGCCCGCCGUCGAUCCCCCGGAACCCAAAUGGCGGACACGCAUGACCGAGUGGGAGAUGGCCGAGGUGGCUGCCGACCUGCUGCGCAUCCUUUUGCUGCUGGCUCUCAUCGCAUUCUACUACCUAUUCGUCACAUGCCCUCAGCGACGGAAGAAGCACGAGGCUGGCAGUGCAGCCGAGACGCAAGCCCUGCUCGGUGGCGAACGCGACGGUCACGGCCACGCCGAAAACGGUCACGCGGCCGAGUCGUAUGGUUCGCUCCCAAGCGGAAAUAGGCCAAAGCAUUCGCACUCGGAGGGCCCCCCUCCGGCCUGGAGUCGCCCCACGGGCGCACCGUCGCGCAGCUGGUGGGAGUAUCUCAAGGGCUACCGCGUCUUCUUCCCCUACCUCUGGCCCUCCAAGGACCGCCGCCUCCAAAUCGUCGUCAUAGUGUGCUUCCUGAUUGUCGUAUGUCAGCGCAUCGUCAACCUGUUGGUUCCCGACCAGAUUGGCAAGAUUGUCAACACCCUCGCCGGCGACAGGGAGGGCAAUCCCUGGGUCCUGAUCGUCGUCUUCAUCUUCUUCCGCUUCAUACAGGGCAACAACGGCCUCCUGGGCGCCAUCCGAUCCACCCUCUGGAUUCCAGUCGGUCAGUACUCGUACCGCGAAUUGUCAGUCGCCGCUUUUGAGCAUGUGCACAGCCUCAGUCUGGAUUUCCACCUCGGCAAGAAGACGGGCGAGGUCCUGUCGGCACUGGGCAAGGGAAGUUCCAUCAACACGUUUCUGGAACAGGUGACCUUUCAGGUCGUCCCCAUGUUCAUCGACCUUGGCGUCGCCAUUGGCUACUUUCUGAUCAAGUUCGACGCCUAUUAUGCUCUCGUCAUCUGCAUCGUCACCUUCUGGUACUUUUACCUCACCAUCCGCAUGGCCCAAUGGAGAGCUGAAAUUCGCCGAGAGAUGGUCAAUGCCGACCGAGAGGAGGAUGCCGUAAAGAACGAUUCAAUGGUUUCGUACGAAACCGUCAAGUACUUCAACGCCGAAGCGUACGAGUUCAACCGCUACCGCGCCGCCGUGAAUAAAUUCCAAAAGGCCGAGUACAAGGUUCUGCUUUCGUUGAACCUGAUGAACAUCUCACAGAAUAUGGUCUUCAUGCUAGGUCUCUUGGUGACGUGCUUCAUUGCGGCCUACCAAGUGACGACAGGCCAGAUGAAGGUCGGCAGGUUUGUCACGCUCAUCACGUACAUGGGCCAGCUGCAGAGUCCUCUCAACUUCUUCGGCACCUUCUACAGGAUGAUCCAAUCGGCAAUGAUCAAUUCGGAGCGCAUGCUUGAGCUGUUCAAGGAGCAGCCCACCGUCGUGGAUAGAGAGGGCGCCGGGGAACUCCCCUCGUGCGAGGGCGAUCUCCGGUUCAGCGACGUGCAUUUCUCGUAUGACAAUCGGAAGCCGGCCCUCCAAGGUCUCGAUUUCCACUGCGCCCCUGGAACGACGACUGCCUUUGUCGGGGAGUCCGGUGGAGGCAAGUCUACCGUCUUCCGUCUGCUCUAUCGAUUCUACAACACGUCGUCUGGGAGCAUAGAGGUUGAUGGCCGCAACGUCGAGGAUCUGACCAUCGAGUCCGUCCGCAGGCACAUUGGUGUAGUGCCGCAGGAUACCGUGCUGUUCAACGAAUCGCUGAUGUACAACCUCAAGUAUGCCAAUCCCGAGGCGACCGACGAGCAGGUCUAUGAGGCCUGCCGUGCGGCCUCGAUCCACGACAAGAUUAUGACGUUUCCGGACAAGUACGAGACCAAAGUUGGCGAACGAGGCCUGCGUUUGUCUGGCGGAGAAAAGCAGCGUGUCGCUAUAGCUCGCACGAUUCUGAAGAACCCCCGUAUCAUCAUGCUCGACGAGGCCACGGCCGCGCUGGACACGGAGACUGAGCAGCACAUCCAAGAAGCGUUCACCACGCUUGCCAAGGGACGCACGAUGCUCAUCAUCGCACAUAGAUUGAGCACGAUUGUCCAUGCCGACCAGAUCCUGGUUCUGCAUCGAGGCAAGGUCGCCGAGCGCGGUACGCACGAGGAACUGCUCGAGAAGAACGGGCACUAUGCGGCCAUGUGGAAGAAGCAGAUUCGUGCCCAGCGUGCGGCCGAGCAAGCCAAGAUCCUGAAGGACAAGGCGGACCGACUACGCCGAGAAAGCAAGGAUGGGACCAUUGGGUCCGACGACGGCAGCAGUAGCCCAGACAGCUCCACUUCCAGCUCCGACGACGAACAAGGGAAGAAGGCACGUUCAAGCACCGACUCGAAGCGGCCGCGCAGCAGCUACGGUAAUAGUAGCAAGCCUGCAGGCCAUCCAUGAUGCAUGAAGCAUUCAUGAUGCUUUUCGCGGUUCCCCCCAGGGCUCCGGUCAGAAUGGAGUCGCAUUACCGUACCAGUGUACAAGACGCGUUUUCAGUCUUUCUUCAUGUCGUUCGGAAACGGCCAGACGUUGUUUAGCGAUGUUUUACACGUUGUCACGUUUGUUAAGAUUCCUCCCAUCUACAUGCCCACGGGACAUGAGGAAGGGCUUGGCGGCAUUGUUCGAUAUGGCGUUCUGCGAAUGUGGUCAUGUUUCGUUUAUCUUCUUUUUUUUUUCUCCCCUCCUCUUCUUUCCACUUUUCCGCCUUCCUUCCUUUUUUGGAUCACAGCUCAUGUUCAUGAGGGCCUCGGUUUACAUACUUCAUACGUCGACUUUACCUUUUAGCCCGAUAAUCACGUUAAUUUGCAAGCGAGGACAGGUGUUGGAGAAGUG